UUACGGAAAUGGAUGAAUACGGUUUCCAAUGGAGCCUUCAAGACCGUACAGCUGGCGUCGGGCACGAAGGGCUCUAUGGUGGUCCGAUGGCCGGCCAAGCGCUUCGUUCAACUGUGUGAUGGUGACGAGCCUCGGGGGCACCGAUUGUACAAUGCCUUGCAUAAUAUUAUGGAGGAAGUUACCAAGUUGGGGGAAAUGCAGAGAAA